UAAUUGUGAAAGGAAGUUCUGAUACGCUAUAGAGAGAUAGAUAGAGAGAGAGGAGACGCCGGACCGGCGGGAGAAAAGGUGGAUUCCGACGGCUUCGUCGGAGUUGAUACGACGGAAGACGAACCGCCGGUGUAAUGAAGUGCGCCGGCGAAGGUGUGGGAGGAGAAAAGGAAGAGAACGGCGGUUUUGAUUGCGAUGAAGCGUCUAAUGGAAGAAUCGGCGAUAAGAGAGUGGUAUUGGUUGGAGUUAGGUUGGAUUCUCAGAGUAACGAGUUACUUACAUGGGCUCUGGUUAAGGUGGCUAGGUCCGGGGAUCGAGUUAUUGCUCUUCAUAUACUUAACAAUUCCGAAAACGUUGCUAUUUUAGAAGGUCAGUCUACACUCGUGUCUCUAGUGAACACUUUUGAUUCUAUGAUGGCUGCUUAUGAAGGUUUCUGCAAUUUAAAACAGGUGGAUCUGAAGCUCAAGGUUUGCAGGGGUGCAUCGGUUCGUAAAGUUCUAGUACAGGAAGCUAAAUUGUAUGGUGAAGCAAGUUUGAUUUUGGGGAUAUCUAGGGUUCAUAAUAGAAUUCGGUCACAAUUGACAGUUGCAAAGUAUUGUGCAAGACAUCUUCCGAAAAAUUUCUCUGUUCUUGCUGUGGAGAAUGGCAAAAUUCAGUUUGAACGAGUCGCGGAUACAUCAGAUGAACAUUCGAAGAAGCAAUGUGCAAAAAAAGGGAGUAAGAAAAAUAAGGAAUCAAAUGUUACAAUUGUUGCUGAUCGGGAUUCAACUGAACCAUGCACAAUGGAAAGCAAGGGAAACUCGUUGGCCUUGGUAGUGUUCAAGAACCAGAAGACACAUGCUUCAAAGCAUCGUUGGGCAUUUCUGCGAAAGAUGUUCUUGCACAGCAAGCACAAUUCAGAUAAGAAGAAGAAGACUGUAAUGCAAUGCGUUUAUCCUGAUCAGAAGAUUACCAACUCUAACAAGGUUGAUCACAGUUGUACAGAUUACAAUGAGAAGAAUGCUGUUGUUUUACAUAUCACAGCUGGAGCUGAUAAUGCUAUGUCUCCUUUACCUUGCCAUUCCUUAGAUAGAUUUUCAAAGGAAUUUGACGAUUUAACUAACAAGUACUCAUCAACAAUCAGACUAUUUAGCUAUGAAGAACUUUGCUUAGCAACAUCGAACUUCAUGCCUGUGAAUAUGAUUGGAAAAGGCGGUAGUAGCGAGGUUUAUAAAGGGCACCUUCCUGAUGGAAAAGAAGUUGCAGUGAAACUUUUGAAGCCAUCACAAGAUGCAUUCAAGCAAUUUGUAUCGGAAGUAGAGACUAUCAGUUCGUUGCACCAUAAUAACGUAAUAUCCCUUCUCGGAUUCUCUGUGGAGGCCAACCAUAUGCUCUUGGUUUAUGAUUUCUUAUCAAGAGGAAGCCUAGAGGAGAAUCUUCAUGUAAAAUCAGAUGAAAAUGUCAAGGGAAGUAUGUUUAGCUGGGAAGACAGAUAUAAAGUGGCUUUGCAUGUUGCUCAGGCGCUGAAAUAUCUGCACGAUGAAUGUGAUGAUCCUAUUAUACAUAGGGAUGUUAAGUCUUCCAAUAUCCUCCUCUCUGAUCGUUUUGAUGCGCAGUUAGCGGAUUUCGGUCUGGCUUUGCAUGGGUCGCAGUCUAUGCAUGAUACAACGACAGUAGAUGUUGCUGGAACAUUUGGUUACUUAGCUCCUGAGUAUUUCAUGCAUGGAAACAUGAACGAUAAAAUCGAUGUGUAUGCUUAUGGCGUUAUUCUAUUAGAGUUGUUAUCUGGUAAGAAACCAAUUGACAAUGGGAACCCAAAAGGCCAAAAGAGUUUGGUCAUGUGGGCAAAGCCAAUUGUGAAGGAAGGUAAAAUUUCAGAAUUACUUGACCCGAGGUUAGGCGAUGCUUAUAGCAACGAGGAAGCUGAGAGAAUGGUUCUGGCUGCUUAUCUUUGCACCAGACAGGCAGCUGAGUUGAGGCCGAGAAUUAGUAUUGUCUUAGAGCUCCUCCAAGGCGAUGCAAACAGUAUUAAAUGGGCUAGACAACAGCUUAGUGGUUUGGAAGAUUCUGAAGAGAUCACGGUAAAUAUCCAAUCGCAUAUAAAUUUGGCCCUGGUGGGAUUAGAGGAUGAUUCGCCAUCGGUUUGUAGUACCGAACAGAAUAUAGGGGUAGAGGAGUAUUUACAAGGAAGAUGGAGCCGCACUUCUAGCUUCGAUUAACUGUCUUUCUGUGUAUGUGUAGAUAGUUAUAUAAUAUAUACAGUGUUACUUACCCAUUCUUGUUGUUUCUUGAUAGCUUAUGUACAGCAUUGAAGAGAGGUUAUGAUUUGCAAGUUUAGGUCUUCUCCUCUUCUUCUUGCUAAUUCAUGAUUUAGGCUACUUUUGUACUAAGGUAAAAAAGAGUACAUGUGCAAUAUGGAAUUGAGAGAUAAUUUAUGUAUGGUGGUUUCCCCA